AUGGCGAAGUUCCACAGCACCUUGGUGGCCGAGUGCUGUCGACUGGUGGGUGAGGACAAAGUGAUCCUCAACAGUCGCUUUGUGCAGCUGGAAAGGCAUGAGGACCAUGUGGUUCUGCACUUCGAGAACAGCACCACGAAAAAAUCGAUGGCACCAGUCACCUGCCACUUCGUGGUGGGUGCUGAUGGCCUUAAGAGCCGCCUCCGUGGCGCCUUGUUGGGCGAUGGAGAUCCAAGGUACACAGGACGUAUGAUUUACCGCGGCCUGUGCGAGGUGGAUGAUAUACAUGCGGAUGGAUGUACAGUCUCCCUUUGUGGCGACGCAACUGGCAACUUUAUUUGCUACCCUAUCAGCGAAAGGCUUCGGCAAGAGAAGCGCUUCCUGUGCAACUGGGGCCUUUGCGUUUUGAGGGAGCAUCCAGGCGGCGAAGAGAAUUGGACUUCGGAAGCUGGCCUGGAGGAGAUUCGUCAGGAGCCGCUGGGUCAUGGAGGUUCAAAUGCUUUGCAGAUUGCAAAAGGAGCUGCAGAACUUCGGCGGCAACAGCUUUGCAGGUCUCACGCCUCUUCAAAUGGCAGAGAGGACGGAGAAGAUCAUUGGAUGGAGCUUAUUCGACCGUGAUCCAUUGAAGUCUUUCGAUUUUGGCAACGUGACCUUGUUGGGUGAUGCUGCACAUCCUUUAUUGCCAUACGGCAGCCAGGGAGCAACCCAGGUAUUUUUCCUGGCGUCCUGUGGAUCCUUUGGUUUCGGAUGCUAAAGCAAGGAUGUGCCAUGUGUUCUGUGACAUUCUGUGGCCCAUGGCGUGACUUCCUAGCAGGUUCUCCUCCAAGAGGGAAAUCUGGAUCCGCA